CUACUCAAAUUAGAUACAAGGAUUUCCAUUUGGAAAGGGGUUUUCCCCUUAUUUACAAGGCACACAAAUACCAAUUACACGAUUAACAACAACAAUGGAAGAUACGUUGGGAAUAAAAGAAUACUACAAAAGAGAGAGGAGGAAAUUUGCUCUGAUCACCUACCUUCUGACAUUGAUCUUUUUGGUUGUGGCCCUGGUGCAAUGGUGUAUUUUCUACUUUGUAGACAUUAUUAACCAUUUUUUUACAUUUUACUAUUGGGUGAGCUGUGUUUUCUUUGGUAUAGGACUGGUACUUCUCGUAGUUUUCAUUUUCUUUGAGUCAUUGCGCUUUAAAAAGAUUGUAAAUUGGAUUUUUGCAGUGCUAAUUUUCGAAUGCAUAGUGCUUGGGAUGGCGCCAUUGAUUGUUCGCCACUAUAAGUAUCAAUUUCUUUUUAGCUUCAUCAUAUGGACCCUGGUUUUGGCCUGCUUUAUAGUGUGCGGCUCCUAUGUACCGCUUGAUCUGACGUUGGAUGUGGUAUUGUUAUUUGUCCUCGCUGUGGUGGCCAUUAUAGGCGCUAUAUAUUUCGUGAUGCUUUACAUAGUGGCAAAUGUCCCAUAUUCGUUUAUCGUCGCUCGUGGUUUUAUUAUCAUCAGCAUCUUAAUGUUUGUCAUGUAUCACGCGCAGAUUAUAAACGGAGGAAGGUUUGCCGAGAUGCGCACGAAGGACUAUUUCCUGGGAGCCCUAAUACUGUUCCUCGAUUUCCUUCUUAUGUAUCUUUUCUCCUUUCAAGUGGCUCCAAAAUGGUCGGACUUUUGUAACCGCGAACUUUCGAAUAAUUUGGUACUGUUAAGAGAUACAACCACGGCGAAUCCAUAUUGGAAUACGUGGAUGUGGACCAGAGAAUAUACCAGCACUACCCGCUAAAGCCGUUAACCAACACUGCCGCGCUGUUGGCGCCAAACACACAGCUGUCAGCUGUUUCCAUUUCCAUUUCGCGUUCUACCGGUGAACAAACUUAAAU